UGCUAUAUCAUAUGAAGCUAAAAAAGAUCUUCUCAUCGUGCAGUUUGGAGAAAAUUAUUUAAAAAAACAUAAAAGGGAACGAAAAGAAUAUGCUUGCAGUAACAGAAUGCGUGAACUUUCUCGUUUGUUAAUUGCGUACCGAGAAAUUGUCCAUGAUGAUAAAGUUUCGUUUAAAGAUAUUUUGAAAACCCGAAAUGUAGAUAAUAUUAUCACAGCUACACGUAAAAUAUCAGGAUACGAUCAUUUACAAAAAACAUUCAAUGCCCCCAGUCUUGCAAUGCACAUGGGCACCUAUUUAAAAGAUAUUUGCGAUCUACUGCAACAAUUAAUUUUGAAAAGAAGCUCUGGUUUUUCCACUUCCUCAGAAGCAGAAUGUAAUGCAUGGUUAAAAGAUUUAAAACAUUUUAAAAAUUUAAUUACAUCAUCAUGGAAUGUAGAAAUAUCUUCUCUUGCAAACAAAGAUCUACAAGAGAAACGUUGGAAUAAACCAUUGCUUGUGCCGCUGGUUAGUGACAUCAAAAAAUUCAGAGAUGAAACACUAAUACUUGCCAAUGAAUGUGUAGAGAAGUUUAAAAAUUGUAUAGACGACGCUAUAAUUUAUAAAACUUUUGUGCACUGCGUUUUGGCUCUGAUCAUUCUUUUCAAUCGAAGGCGAAUAGGUGAUGUUCAGUAUUUAAAAAUCCAGGAUUACGAGAAGGAGACAAUAUCAAAUUUUUCAGAUUUUAAAAGUGCAUUGUCAGAAUCUGAAAAUAUAUUAACAACAAAGUAUAAACGUGUUGUCAAUAGCGGUAAGGGAUCCAGAGCUGUGGUAAUUUUAGUGCCUGAAUUGUUACAAAAAUUUAUGAAAAUAUUGUUGGAAGAGAGAAAGAAAUACAUUUCAAUUGAAAACGAAUAUGUAUUUGCAUUACCUAGCAGUAAAAUUAAAUGGGGGCAAGGUGAUGUGGCAAUUCGAUAUUUGACACAAAAAAUUGAAUUGCAAUAUCCUGAAGCAAUGACAAGCAAUAAGCUUAGAAAACAAAUUGCAACCGUGGCACAGAUACUAAACAUGUCGAAGGAAGAUACAAGACAAUUCUCUAAGUUUAUGGGCCACACUGAAAAAACGCAUGCAGAAUUUUAUGAGUUGCCAGUUGACAUCUAUCAAACAGCUAAAGUUUCCAAGCUGCUAAUGAUGAUGGAAAAAGGAUCACUUCCAUUAGAGUUUAGAGGAAAAUCUUUGACAGAAAUUAAUUUUGACGAAAAUUCGGAAUAUGCUGAAGAAUUUGCUGAAGAAAGGGAAACUUCCGCAUUAACUUCUGAUGGAACCAGGAUUGACAAGCAGGACAGUGAAGAUUUCCAGUUAGAUGAGAAUAUGAAUCUCGACUCAUCUGACUUGACACAAUCAAAGAAACAAAAAAUUAAAAAAUCUGGUUGGUCAAAACAUGAAAUAGAGGAAAUAAAUUGUCAUUUUACGGCAUCAAUGCAGAAAGGAAAUUAUCCAUCAUCACAAGAAAUUAAAAUCUUUGUUAAAGAAACGGGAAGCAAGAGAAGUGUGGCUCAAAUAAAAGCAAAAAUCCAACAUUUAUUUAAAAAAAAAAAUAGUUUUUAUGUAAAUAAUUCUGCAUUUCACCCGGCGAGCGUAAGGUUAAAAUUUGUAACACCGAGUGUAAGGCUGGGUAUUAUUCACCCUGUAAUGACUUUCUAUUUAGAUAUUAAAAAUGGCUCUAAAUCCAUUAAAGUUUUUUAUUAGAAUUGUUUAAUAUUAAGUUUACAACUUAUAGAGCUCACCAUAAUAGCAGAUGAGUAAUAUACCUAGGAUUAUUUGUUUCAGCUGGGCUGCGUGAAAAGUUAGUAAAUAACAAUAAUAAUUUGUUUAAACAAUGUUGAUCGAAUAAAUCCAGGCAUAUUUUUUAUCUGUUAUUAUAGUUAACUCGAUAAAUUGCAAAGUUGGGAAAAAACUGCAUCCUUCUAGGUGCAAUGCGGUAAAAGUUAGUAAGUAACAAUAAUAAUUUAUUUAAACAAUGUUGAACUAAUAAUUCCAGGUACAAUCUUUAUCUGCUAUUAUAGUUAAUUCGAUAAAUUGCAAAAUUUCGAAAAAACCGCAUCUUUCUAGAUGCGAUGCAACAAAUGUUAGUGAAUAACAACGAUAAUUUGCUUAAACAAUUGUUGAACUAAUAAUUACGGGUCCAUUAUUUAUCUACUAUUAUGGUUAGCUUCUUAAAUUGCAAAAUUGGGAAAACACUGCAUCUUUUUAGGUGCACUGGGAUAAUAGUUAAUAAUAAUAAUAAUUUGUUUAAAAAAUUGUUGAACUGAUGAUUCUGGGAACGCUAUUUGUUCACUAUAAUAGUUAACUCUAUAAAUUGCAAAAUUGGAAUAAAACUGCAACUUUCUCGGCACACUGUUAAAAAAGUUAGUGAAUAAUAAAUUGUUUAAACAAAUGUAGAGUGAGUAGUAACAUUAGUCAAAUAUAGUAUUUGUCUGUUAUAAACAAUUAUAAAAAAUUACCUUAAUGAUUUUAUGGCUUUUUUACAACAUACAAAUAAAAAACAUUUAGUUUACUCCUGGUUGGUUUUAGAAUUUGUGCACAUGCAUUAACAAUAGUUAUAAAUAAACAAUAAGAGAUGUAAAAAAACCAAUUGUUUAAUUUAAGCCUUACUCUCGGUGGGUUAAUAUUCAUUACGGAUGUAUUUUGUAGCAUUUGUACAUUAUUUUAUAUGCAUUACUUUAAUUAUCAUAUUAUGCUAAGCUAAAAUAAAAUAUUUGUAGCGGUUUCCUCAAAAAUCAUUUCUCUUUUAAAUAUGGAGGAUUUUAUGAUAAAUGUAGCACUCGA